AUGGCGGUGAGGAGCCGGGGAAGUAACAAGGACAGGCCAGGUCCUGCUGCCGAGCUACCAGAGUCCUCCUGCAGCUUCUGCCAGGUCUGUGCAAGACGUCUGGGGCUGGCGGGCGUUGUGUGCAAUGCACGAGAGGUAGGGGACCAUAAAUUCAGCGCUCACCGGAUCGUGCUGGCAGCUUCUAUCCCGUACUUCCACGCCAUGUUCACCAACGACAUGAUGGAGUGCAAGCAGGAUGAGAUUGUCAUGCAGGGGAUGGAUCCCAGUGCACUUGAGGCUCUGAUCAACUUUGCCUACAAUGGUCACCUGGCAAUAGAUCAGCAGAAUGUCCAGUCUCUGCUGAUGGGGGCAAGUUUCCUUCAGCUGCAGAACAUCAAAGACGCUUGCUGCACUUUCCUCAGAGAGAGGCUUCACCCUAAGAACUGUCUGGGAGUGCGGCAGUUUGCAGAGACGAUGAUGUGUGCAGUGCUCUACGACGCUGCCAACAGCUUCAUUCAUCAGCACUUUGUGGAGGUAUCCAUGUCCGAAGAGUUCCUGGCACUGCCUUUUGAAGACGUCCUGGAGCUCGUUUCUAGGGAUGAGCUCAACGUGAAGUCUGAAGAGCAGGUGUUUGAAGCUGCGUUAGCUUGGAUACGGUAUGACCGAGACCAGAGAGAGUCGUUCCUCCCCGAGCUCCUGUCCAAAAUCCGCCUACCCCUUUGUCGACCUCAGUUUCUCACUGACCGUGUGCAGCAAGAUGACCUGGUCCGCUGCUGCCACAAAUGCAGGGAUCUAGUUGAUGAGGCAAAAGAUUAUCACCUCAUGCCAGAGCGCCGGCCACACCUCCCAGCGUUCAAGACCCGUCCUCGGUGCUGUACAUCGAUUGCAGGAUUGAUUUAUGCUGUUGGAGGACUUAACUCUGCAG